CCAGGGUGAAGGGUGAUCCAGAUUCCUGCUAAGGACAGAGCAGGAGAUGAGCUGUUGAGCCACGGGUCGUCUUUUAAGCAAGAAUCCUCUGCAAUACUCAGCAGAAGAAUAAAGGGAGUCCUGCCCGCCAUAAGACUGUUCACCACGAGAGGUGGGGGAAAUAGGCCACUUUAUCUAAAGGACAACGUGAGCCCUUUGCGGCAGGGCUGAAAGGGAAAGAUGGAGAACGCGCAUAUGAAAUCCACAGAGGAAUGCCUCGCCUAUUUUGGGGUCGAUGAAAAUACAGGCUUGUCACUCGAACAAGUUAAGAAGAACUUUGAGAAGUUUGGACCCAAUGAGCUCCCAGCUGAGGAGGGAAAGACCAUUUGGGAACUAGUCGCAGAACAGUUUGAAGAUCUGCUUGUCCGAAUUCUGCUGCUGGCCGCCGUCAUAUCUUUCGUGCUGGCCUGGUUUGAAGAAGGUGAAGAGACAGUCACAGCUUUUGUGGAACCCUUCGUCAUCCUGCUGAUCCUCAUCGCCAAUGCAGUUGUAGGAGUCUGGCAGGAAAGGAACGCUGAAGAUGCCAUUGAAGCUCUUAAGGAAUAUGAGCCCGAAAUGGGAAAAGUUUACCGCAGCGACAGAAAAUCAGUACAAAGAAUCAAGGCAAGAGUGAUCGUGCCUGGUGACAUUGUGGAAGUAGCAGUUGGUGACAAAGUUCCAGCUGACAUCAGACUCAUCAGCAUUAAAUCCACCACCCUGCGUAUUGACCAGUCCAUCCUGACAGGAGAGUCUGUCUCCGUCAUUAAACACACAGAGACUGUCCCCGACCCCAGAGCUGUCAAUCAGGACAAGAAAAACAUGCUGUUCUCCGGUACCAACGUAGGAGCUGGUAAGGCUAUUGGCGUUGUCAUUGCCACUGGAGCCAACACUGAAAUUGGUAAGAUUCGUGACGAGAUGGCAGCCACAGAACAAGAGAAGACCCCACUUCAGCAGAAACUGGAUGAGUUUGGCGAGCAGCUGUCCAAAGUCAUUUCCCUCAUCUGCGUUGCUGUAUGGAUGAUCAACAUUGGACACUUCAAUGACCCCAUCCAUGGUGGCUCUUGGAUCAAAGGAGCUAUUUAUUACUUCAAGAUUGCUGUGGCUCUGGCUGUAGCUGCCAUUCCUGAAGGUCUCCCCGCUGUAAUCACCACUUGUCUGGCCUUGGGCACAAGACGUAUGGCUAAGAAGAACGCUAUUGUCAGAAGCUUACCCUCUGUGGAAACUCUUGGCUGCACAUCAGUCAUUUGCUCUGACAAGACUGGAACUCUGACCACCAACCAGAUGUCUGUCUGCAGGAUGUUUGUCAUGGAUAAAGUUGAGGGUGAUGUCUGCUCCCUAAACGAGUUCUGCAUCGGUGGAUCCACCUACGCCCCUGAAGGAGACGUCACGAAGAAUGAUAAGAUUGUGAAGGCCGGCCAAUAUGAUGGGCUAGUGGAAUUGGCCACAAUCUGUGCACUUUGCAAUGACUCUUCUCUCGACUUCAACGAGACCAAAGGAGUGUAUGAGAAGGUCGGAGAAGCCACCGAGACCGCUUUGACAACUCUUGUUGAGAAGAUGAACGUAUUUAACACAGAAGUAAAGAGUCUGUCUAAAGUCGAGCGUGCCAAUGCCUGUAACUCUGUUAUUAAACAGCUGAUGAAGAAAGAAUUCACCCUGGAGUUCUCCCGUGACCGGAAGUCCAUGUCCGUUUUCUGCACACCCGCCAAAGCUUCCAGAGCUGCAGUUGGUAACAAGAUGUUUGUGAAGGGUGCCCCAGAGGGUGUCAUUGACCGUUGCAACUAUGUGCGUGUGGGCACAACACGGGUACCUUUCACCUCUGCCAUUAAGGAUAAAAUCCUGUCUAUAAUCAAGGAGUGGGGCACAGGAAGAGACACCUUGCGUUGCUUGGCUCUUGCCACAAGAGACACCCCACCAAAGAGAGAAGACAUGGUUCUUGAGGACGCUACCAAGUUUGUUGACUAUGAGACUGACCUGACAUUUGUUGGCUGCGUGGGUAUGCUGGACCCCCCUCGCAAGGAAGUCAUGGGCUCAAUCAAGCUUUGCCGUGAAGCUGGUAUCCGUGUCAUCAUGAUCACCGGUGAUAACAAGGGCACAGCCAUUGCCAUCUGUCGUCGUAUUGGCAUCUUUGGCGAGGAUGAUGAUGUAACAGGACGUGCCUACACCGGUCGUGAAUUUGAUGAUCUGCCCCCAGCAGAACAAAGACAUGCCUGCAAAAAUGCAUCCUGCUUUGCCAGAGUUGAGCCAAGUCACAAAUCUAAGAUCGUUGAGUUCCUGCAGUCCUUUGAUGAAAUCACAGCUAUGACUGGUGAUGGUGUCAAUGAUGCCCCUGCUCUUAAGAAAGCUGAGAUUGGUAUUGCCAUGGGUUCUGGUACCGCUGUGGCUAAGACAGCCUCUGAAAUGGUGUUGGCUGAUGACAAUUUCUCCACCAUUGUGGCUGCAGUAGAAGAGGGUCGUGCCAUUUACAACAACAUGAAGCAAUUUAUCCGCUACCUCAUUUCUUCCAACGUAGGAGAGGUCGUCUGUAUCUUCCUAACUGCUGCUUUGGGUCUGCCCGAGGCUUUGAUCCCUGUACAACUGCUUUGGGUGAACCUGGUCACUGACGGUCUGCCUGCUACAGCCCUGGGCUUCAAUCCCCCCGACCUGGACAUCAUGGACAGACCACCCCGUAGCCCCAAGGAGCCCCUCAUCAGCGGCUGGCUGUUCUUCCGUUACAUGGCCAUUGGAGGCUAUGUGGGUGCCGCCACUGUAGGUGCUGCAGCAUGGUGGUUCAUGUGUGCCGAUGAUGGACCUUCGGUGACUUUCUACCAGCUGAGCCAUUUCAUGCAGUGCACAGAAGACAAUCCUGACUUUGAAGGCCUUGAAUGUGAAAUCUUUGAAUCUCCAGUCCCCAUGACCAUGGCUCUGUCCGUGCUGGUCACCAUUGAGAUGUGCAAUGCUCUGAACAGUCUUUCAGAGAACCAGUCUCUGAUCAGGAUGCCCCCAUGGGUCAACAUUUGGCUGCUGGGCUCCAUCUGCCUCUCCAUGUCCCUCCACUUCCUGAUCCUUUAUGUUGAUCCCCUACCAAUGAUCUUCAAGUUGACACCUCUGGACUUCACUAAGUGGUUUGUUGUCCUGAAGAUUUCUUUCCCCGUCAUCCUAUUGGACGAACUUUUGAAAUUUGUUGCCCGUAACUACCUUGAAGCAUAAUCCUUUCCUCACCACUUCCCUGUUCCUGUUUAACAGAAAAAGAAAAACUGAUGUAAAAGUAAACGAGCUUUUUACAGAAAACCCGUCAGAUCUCAGCCCACGUAUCCAUUGAGACUUUCUCCAUAUCUGUCCCCUCCUAACAUUUCUAUCUUGUCUCCUUAAAACACAUCACUGCCAAAUCUCCACCCGCCUUCCCAAAGUCCGUCCAUCCUGGUGUAUGCCGGGUGUGAUGCAAGGGCUCUGUUACCGAAGGGCUGUUAUUCUGUUUCCAAGUACCUGUUAGGUUUUGCUUCCAAUCUUUUUUUAUAGCACUCCCCUCCCAUUUAUCCUGUUUGACCAGCAUUCAAGUGAAGGAAAAUGUCACACAGCUGGAGAAUACCCGGACUAAGAAUGUAUUUCCCUCACAGUCUAUUCCAUCAGUGGAAGUCACAGUCGGUGGUUUGUAAAUUGCAGCGUCAUGUUAUUCUGAUCCCAGCUCUCCGAGGGAGUUGCAGCUUGUAGCAAAGAAAAAAAAGGAAGCGAGAAAAAAACCAAAUGAAAACUGUUCUAGCUAUUUAUUAAAAUUAAAAUAAGUUAAACUAAAA